AUGCCGCUGCCCGCGCUCGACCCGGUGGCGCUCGCCAGGUAUAAGCGGGCGUCUGAGGACGCACGCUCGCUGCCGCCGAACCUGCUGACAAACAGCCAGCGGCUCAAGCUGUACGCCCUCUUCAAGCAGGCCGAGGGCCCGGCGCCCGAGUCUGGGCCGUCGCGCUUUGACGCAGUGGCUCGUGCAAAGUGGGAGGCCUGGAACGACGUGCGCUCGCUGUCAGCAGAGCAAGCGGUGGAGUCGUACUGCUCCAUCAUCGAGGGCCUGCCGCCGGAGCUUGCCGCGGAGCCGGAGGUGGAGGCGCAGCGGUGGGCGGCGACGGCGCUGUCGCUCGCGCCCGGCGCCACCUUCGAGGUUCCCAUCUUCGUGCCCGAGCCGUCGCGCUGCCGCUACUCGUUCACAGUCGCCGCAGCAGACGGCCUCAGCUAA